ACCAGCUGCUUCAGGUUCCUUGUGCGUGUUCAGGUUCCGCGGUGGUGAUUGGCUUUCAAGUUCCAGGUCGGUGUGCGCACACGCAGUGGCAGAAGGCCGGUUCCUCGAGUGCGAUGGCUGUCAAGAGUUUUGCUUCCCGCCUCAGAGGCUCCCGGCGUUUUCUGAGUGGCUUUGUGGCCGGGACUGUAGUGGGCGCUGUGGGAACGGGGCUGAUGGCCCUGCAGUUCUUCCGGAGUCAGGACGCGGAGGCGGCGUUGACAGCCAGGGAGCGGGACGGAUCUGAAGAAAAGGCUGUCUUGGAACAAUUUGGAUUCCCUUUAACUGGAACAGAGACUAGGUGUUACACUAAUCAUGCCUUGUCUUAUGAUCAGGCAAAGCGAGUGCCUAGAUGGGUUCUUGAACAUAUAUCCAAAAGCAAGAUCAUGGGUGAUGCAGACAGAAGACAUUGUAAAUUCACGCCUGACCCCAGUGUCCCUCCAGCAUUCAGUGCCUGCAAUGAGGACUAUGUUGGAAGUGGCUGGUCACGAGGACACAUGGCUCCAGCAGGAAAUAACAAAUUUUCAAGUAAAGCCAUGGCUGAAACCUUUUACCUUUCUAAUAUUGUGCCUCAGAAUUUUGAUAAUAAUUCUGGAUAUUGGAACAGAAUAGAAAUGUACUGUCGUGAACUAACAGAGAGGUUUGAAGAUGUUUGGAUAGUAUCUGGACCUUUGACCUUACCUCAGUUUAAAAGUGAUGGAAAGAAGACAGUUACUUAUCAGGUGAUUGGAGAGGACAAUGUGGCAGUCCCCUCACAUCUUUAUAAGGUGAUUCUGGCUCGCAGAAGCCCAGAGUCUACUGAACCGCUGGCCCUGGGGGCCUUUGUGGUGCCCAAUGAAGCCAUUGGCUUCCAGCCUCAGUUAACUGAAUUCCAAGUGAGCCUCCAGGACCUUGAGAAGCUGACAGGACUGGUGUUUUUCCCUCACUUGGACAGAACUAGCAAUGUGAGGAAUAUCUGCACAGUGGACACCUGUAAGCUCCUGGAUUUCCAGGAAUUCACUCUGUACCUGAGCACAAGAAAGAUUGAGGGAGCCCAUUCCAUGCAUAGGCUGGAAAAAGUCAUGGAAAAUUUGAAGAAUGCAGGGAUUGAACCAGAUGAUUACUUUCUGAGUUGCUAUGAGAAGAAACUAGAAGAACUCAAAGCCAAGGAACAGCUGGGAACCCAGACAAGAAAGCCAUUCUAAUUACCUCAGAAGAUAAGUGCUGAUCCGCUAUAAGGAAGCAGGCAUGCCCCCUCCAGGCUCAUGUGUUUUAGUGGCUUUGCUUUAAAGAAAUGAUGGAAUCCUAAAUUUGAGACUAAAAUUCCCUCUGAACAAUGAAUGAUCUACAAUUAUUGUGUCAGUUUUCUUUCUUUCUUUCUUUCUUUCUUUCUUUCUUUCUUUCUUUCUUUCUGUCUGUCUGUCUGUCUUUCUUUCUUUCUUUCUUUCUUUCUUUCUUUCUUUCUGUCUUUCUUUCUUUCUUUCUUUCUUUCUUUCUUAGCUUGGGGACUAAUUAGUAAGGAAGCAGUUACAUCUGCAGAUGGAGAGCUGAUCUUGUGUCAAGUUUACAAGAGGACUAUGUUCCCAAGAUGGUGCUACAUUUAUGUCCCUCUGGAUAGUUUGUGAAGGAAGGCACUGUUUAUUUGUAUGCCUCCAAACCAUACAGUGUCUUUGAUAUAUCUGUCUGCUGAGCUUCUUGGAGCUUGGUAUUGUAUGGUUUUUUUCCCCUAGGAUAUGAUUAGCUUUUAGAAAUCUUCCAUUAUCCUGCCCAAGUACAGAAUAGAGUAUAAUUUAUUUCUUCUCUCAUGAACCUGCUGUUCCUCCACUUCUAUAUGUCCAGAAGCACCCAACAGCUGUGUUUUCUGCUCAUUGUGUUUUUACACACUAAGCUCACUGCUUUACUCGUAUUGUCCUGUAGUGACCCCUCUGGGGUAAAUACACUUUCUAUUUUACCUGUGAGGAAACUGAAGCUCAGAGAGCUUCGUAUCUUGCCUGUGGAAUUCUCCUUUCCAAGGAAGUCACCUGCAAAAUGUGGGUACACAGGGCUAAGAGAAGCAAGACAGAAAGUUCAAGUUUUCCAUCUGUGGGCCUCGGGUAAGAAGAGUCUGGGGGGUUUUUUUGUUUUUUUUUUUUCGCUACAUGAGCUAAAGGGACUUCAAUGUCUUCUGACUUGAACCUUCCUUAGGUCUUGAAAAGAAUCAAAGCAAGUGUAUGAAAGUUAGAGGACGAUGCUUUUUGAGGUUUAUGAGAAUCUCUGCUUGGUUACAGGGGGACAGUUGUUUUAGUAAUUGUAUGGUGCCAAUGUGCUGUAUUCCUUGUUCCCUCUGUGCCUGUGGUCCACUUGGGUAGCACAGAGCAGGUGGAGCCUGGGCCUAAAGCUGAAAGGACUGUUAGCAUCCAUGGGGUAAAGGGCAGCUGUUUUUCUGAAGCAGAUCUCUGGAGUUGGGUUGACCCGGAGUCCUUUUGUGGGGUAGCAUAACAGGGACAAUAAAAUAUCCUGGGGACACAGACUCAUUGAAAUCUGUCAUAUCACUGCAGUCUGUCUAAGUGGUGACAAAAGAAUAAUUUAUUUGUAAUGUCUUGGUGUUUGUCUCUGAUAGAAAUGUCAAGGCUUUAAGAUAGUGAUGAGAAGAUAAUGAUUUACUUUGCUCUGCUCCUUUCUUUGAGUAAAAAGGAAAAGUUGGGAGGUAGAACGUGUAGUCUUAUUAAUGUUGUUCUGUUUUGUCAUACUCUUCCCCAUUAACUUGUGCUGGUCCUUCUCACAACCAAAAUGUCACUGUGACCAAAAAAUCUGGUCCUUUCUCUCCUCAGUGGAGAGGUGAUGGUGGGGCCUGAGUGUUUCUCUAGGAGCCUGAGGGCAUAGCUCCAAGGGAUGAGUCCUAGGCACCUGCUGUGCAUCUCUACAGCCAGCCUGAGUAAGAGUGGCCUUGUCCUGCCACUGUGCUCGGAUCUAUCUGCCCCUUGUCUGCUGCAGCCUGAGCUCUUCUCAUGCCUGCCUCUCUUCCUAGAUGGCAGAGAUGAGUAAGUUAAAGUACCUGAGGAUUUUAUCUCUUAUGAAAUAUACCACCUGGUCAUUGUAAAAAGUAGAGCUAAGAGCUUGUCAUGCACAAAGGCCUCAUUUUUAUAUGCAGUAUUUUGUUGGUCUGUAACAGUGAUGGUUGAAUUACAGUCUGAACACUUUCAUUAUGAGUCCCCCCCCAAGCAAACUUUGUGUGUAAUAUUGGGUGGAGCUUGGAAUUUUCCUCUGGAUCAGGUCACUUCAGCACCCCCCGCCCCAAUGUGGCUGUCAAGGGCAGCAGAUCUCUGCACCUCUCCCCAGCAAUCAUUGUGUCCCUCUGUUAGAAAAACAUAUCAUUACCAACCAGAUCUGAGCAGGUCUCCAUCCCUUAGUACGGGCUGAGUCCUGGUAGCCUUGUGUGCUGUUACUCUCCUGCUGAGAGGGAGGGCUCUGCUGUGGGAAGCCCCAUCUGUGGGUGAGGGGCUUACUCCCUAAUGUUUCUCCCCCUGCAGAGAUAAACUCUUUGGUCUGUGGGUUGAAGCCGUUUGAUCAAGUUUGUAUGUAGCAAGAGUGGACCUUAAACAGGUUGCAAAGGUUAGGUGAAUGGGUCUGUUAGCCUUUAAAUACCUGCUAACAUUUCACCCUCAUACCUUCAAGCAGACUUCUGUCCCUCCCUUAGGCCUUUGAUUAGAGCCCAGUAGGACAGGCAGCCUGAUCUGAAGGGAAUGAGUUCCUGCAGAGCCAGACACAGCUUGCAGCCCUAUACUUGGACUGAGCCUGAGUGUUGCCUGUCCCCUGUGUCCCCUGGCCUUUCCUUGUGUGUGUCAUUGACAUCAACUCCGUGGAUCACAGACUUCCCAUUAGCAGUCCCCCCCAACCCUGCCCUGGAGUCUGCUCUCUGUCCCUGAUCAGCCCUCCGUCCUGACUGUGCACCCUUCCUUCGAGGCCCUGCUGACAACCUCCACCUGCUGCCCAGUUCCCCCUGGUUGAGCUGGUCAGGGCUGGCCUCCAUCUGGCCUGGUUUCUUCAGUGUCAUCAUCUGGGGUUGUCUGGGGUUGUCCUUUUCUUUUUUGGUACCAGGGAUUGAACUCAGGUCCUUGUGCUUGCAAGGCAGGAGGCGGAACCACUGAGCUAAAUCCCUGGCCCUGGUUGUCCUUUUUUUAAAUUUUAGCCCCACCUUUGAGAACCAACCUUCAGAAAGUGCCUUUAAAAAAAAAAAAUUUGAAGAUUGAACCUGGGGUCUGUAUACUGAGUUAACAUCCUCAGCCCUUUUUAUUUUCCAUUUUGAGACAGGUUCUUACUAAGUUGCCCAAGUGGAACUUGAACUUCUGAUCCUCCUGCCUCAGCCUCCUGAGUACUGGGACUACAGGCAUGGGCCAUUGCUUCUGGCUAGGAACUGCCCUUUGAUGUGGGGCAUUGUAAUAAAGGGCAGUGGGAUGUGAUGAUCGUAAAUCAUCUUUUCUUGAGGUCCUGAACGUGCCAAAGUGGUCUGUCCGGGGCAGGUCAGCCCCAGAGUGCAGAGUACCCAUAGGGGUCGCUGUGGCCUGAAGUCAGACCAGAAGAUGCAGCCUUAGCUGUGGCAGUGCCUCAAUGUAGAACUGGCAGCUCUUCAACCAUGAAGAACAUGAGUCUUUGUUGCCAGGCUGCAGGCUCUCGGGCCAGAUGGAGGAGCAGAGGUUAUUCCCAUCCAGUUAGCCUCGUGUUUGGCUCACACUAAAAUAGUCUAGUAGCUUGACCUCCCCUAUUACCUGUUACCCUUCUCCCCAGUAUUUGUCUCAUUUGCUUUCUUUUUUUUCUCGAGCUAUUUAAAAGUAAUUUGUUGUUAAAAAGCAAUCUCUAUUAAAAUUUAACUAAGGGGAUCCAAAAGACCUCUUAUACAUUUUAAAAAUUCAAGUUUAAGUGAAAUAAAUCAGAUGGACAAGCUUAAAUAUUGCAUAGUUUCUCUUAUAUGAGAAACCUGAAGUACAAAUAAAUUAAAAGAGCAAAAUGAGAGGAGGACCAAAGGAUGGAGGGAGGGGGGAGGAAGAAGAGAGGAAAGGGAUGAAAAAAGAAUUAAGUUGUGUACGUUUACCAACUCCUGUGAUUAAUGUAAUCAUUAUUGUAAACAAGUACUAAUAAAACAUUUUAAAAAUU